GUGCUCCUCGCGCAGGACCGGAGUGGUGUUCACUCGGCGGCGCGCCACGGCGCGACAUGCCCAGCUGAUGUUUAUUUAUACCGCGAGCUCGGAGGAGGGUGCGCGCGGAGGGCCCUCCCCGCGGCAUCUCGGUGCCGCGUGAUGCAGCCGAGCGAGCUUGCCGACACCGCGCACGCCGCUAGCGGAAACCCCCCGCAGCGUGGCCUCAACGGUGGCCGUUUCGACUUUGACGAUGGUGGUACAUAUUGUGGUGGUUGGGAGGACGGCAAAGCCCAUGGCCAUGGUGUGUGUACAGGACCGAAAGGACAAGGCGCCUAUGCCGGUUCCUGGCACUUCGGCUUUGAAGUUUCCGGUGUCUACACCUGGCCCAGUGGAAGCUCAUACGAGGGUCAAUGGCAAAACGGCAAGCGUCACGGACUGGGCGUGGAAACACGGGACCGAUGGCUGUACCGGGGCGAGUGGACACAGGGCUACAAAGGCCGGUACGGUGUCCGGCAGAGUACUACAAGCAACGCCAAGUACGAGGGCACAUGGGCCAAUGGACUCCAAGAUGGAUACGGCUCGGAAACUUAUGCGGAUGGCGGAACAUACCAAGGACAAUGGAUGCGAGGACUGCGGCACGGGUACGGUGUUCGCACGUCUGCACCAUUCGGACUCGCGUCGCGCUACCGCGGUGGAGCGCGACAUGGUCACCGUGGCUCGCUGUCGUCGCUCACGGAAGCGGCCGGCACGCCCGACCCCUCCGAGAGGCGGACCACGCGGAUGGACGACGCUAGAGGCGGCUUUGUCCUCAAGGCAAGCUCUGACGAGCCGGGGAGACGAGGUUCUCUUGUUGAGAAGACUAAGAAGGGAUUGCUUUCUAAGUUACGUAAGCAGCGCAGCGCCGGCGAACUGGACAAGCGUGGCACAGGUUCCGUUCGCUCAGGAGGCUCCGGGGGCUCAGGCUCCUCUUGGGUCUCUUCGGUAGAAAGCUCUCACUCUGCUAUGACCCAUGCCUCUCUACAGACAAACUCAAAUGCUAGCUUCGUUGUAGAGGAUGAACAUUUAGAUGAAAGCGUAACGGAAACUUAUAUGGGCGAAUGGAAAAACGAUAAACGUACAGGAUUCGGAGUUAGUGAACGUAGCGACGGACUCCGAUAUGAAGGUGAAUGGCUUGGAAACAGAAAAUAUGGAUACGGUGUAACCACUUUUCGGGAUGGCACGAGGGAAGAAGGCAAAUACAAGAACAAUGUACUCAUCACAAGCCAGAAGCGGAAACACAUGUUCCUUAUGCGAUCCGUUAAGUUCAGAGAACGGGUGGAUUCAGCAGUUAACGCAGCCCAACGUGCAUCAAAAAUAGCAUUACAAAAAGGAGAUAUAGCUAUUUCUAGAACUGCUACGGCCCGAGGUAAAGCUGAACAAGCUGACGAAGCAGCGGACCAAGCAAAAGAUGACUGUGAUAAUGCACAAGCGACUGCAAAACAGUUCGCACCAGAUUUUAAGCACCCUGGCUUUGACCGAAUAGGAUUAAGAGAAAAGUAUAGACAAAAGGCCUACGAUACACAAAUUACGUCACCGGUAUCACAAGAAUCUGAAAAGAUCUUGGAUGGAAAGAGCAUUCCAAAUCAUAUCCCUCCGAUGCAUUCACAAAUUCAACAUACUAAUAAAAUUCCCAAUGCUAUGCCUUCAAGACGACCAUCGACGCAGCUUCCGAAUACACAAUAUGCUAAACCUGUAGAUCCAAGACUUGUAAAUAAUUCUAAUUAUAACACAGACAAUCGGGCACUAGGACCUCCAUAUGACCAAUAUUAUAACCCAAAUCAAGAUAAUUGGGCAUCAGCGAACACACAAUCACAAAUUUCAGAUAAUCAAAAGUCUUAUUUGCAAAAUGAAGUUAACACGUACGGACCUACUGCAAGUGGUGGUCAGCAAGCACCACCAUCAGCAUACCGUCUAAACAGACAGGACGCUUUACAGGGUCAACAAGGUAUGGAUCAAAGUAGUCAACAAUAUAUAAAUCAAGGACGAAGACUUUCUUCGGCUAUCAGACAGACUCCUAAUCAAAGACCGCAACAAGAGUGGAACGCUACUCAAAUUGGUCCUAGACGACAGAGCGUUCUUGCUCAGCCAACUAACCAUCCACAAGAAACAUAUAUUGAUGGAGGACCAGCAACAUACGGACGAAAUGAGUUUCGUACCGGGAUUGUUCAUUCUGAAGGACCACUCGACCGUCAAAUGAUGGCAUCAGAUCCACAAGCUUAUCGACAACCUACAGAUCCUCAAGCUUAUAGAGAAGCACUGGAUCAACACGGAUAUAGACAAGCUCCCGAUCAACAAUUAUAUCGGCAAGCCACAGUGGACAACCAAUCUUAUAGACAAGGUCCACCCAUGGAACAAGAGAGCAACGGAAUACGUGAUCCUCGACAGACGACGACUGGACAGCGACCAACUAUCGAUUAUUUCGAUCACUAUAAAAGGCCUCCUAGUAGAGAUUCAAGUGUAGAUCGAUAUGGACGACGGUCGCGACAGCCUUCGGUAGAACCGACGACUGGCACUGGGUCACGAGCUGGCUCCGUAGCGCCGCAACCAGCACCUAUGACAACAGCGGCAUCGCGGCCUGCCUCCCGCGCUGCGACACCUGCUGGAAAUGGACAUUUAACCUCAGGUCGAGGUUCAAUAUCACGCGCAGGAUCCCGAGAACAUUCUAUACCUUUUGAGGAAUCUCUUUUACGAAAACGAACUUUGGGCCAAGAAAUAUCGCCGUCGCCGUAUCAACCAAAACGUACAGAGAGUCUAUAUGUGGCACAGAAUCCAGCACCACCGCCACCAGCCCCUAUGAUAGGAGGUGGUGGAGGAGGAGGAGGAGGAGGACGUAAGAUGCUAAGUACACCACAGACAUUGCAGCGAAAGAAGUCCUUACCGGAUGUAGCGGGUAUGCCUCGCGCCAUGGACGGUAGCGGCAUGUCCCGUGAAGAGGUAUCAGCACUGGGAUCCGCGCGCCGCGAAGAAGUGCGGCGUAUGCACGAGGAAACCGAAAAACUUCGCGCAAACCCAUUACUGUACUUAGUCAGUCCGCAAGUUAAGGACUGGUUCUCACGGCAGCAGCUGAUAAUUUUAGUGCUGUUCAUCAAUAUUUCCCUUGGCAUCAUGUUCUUCAAGCUGCUCACGUAGCGUCGGCGAGUGGCGCACGCGCGUCGCGCGCCGCCUAGAUCUUGCCAUGCAUUCGUGACAUAUUAAAUUAAUAAUAUUUACUUGUAAAUAUCUAUAAAACUUUUGAACCAAAAUAGCCAAAACUGUAAUGUGACAUUAAAAAAUGGCAGUUACCAAAUAUCCAUUUUGAGUUACUGUUUUAAAAUUAUAAUAAUAAAAAUGACUCAACUAUAUUUUAUUCGUCAAUAACUACUUCGAUUUUGCUAGUGUACCUUUAUUUGACAUUGUUGAAAAGUUUUAAUAAUUUUGCAGUGCAUUACAUUCUCGAAUUCAAAUAAAUUAUUUCAACUUCUAAGUGCGUGUGCGAUUAUUUGUGACUACUAUGGGUCAAAACUUCGAGUGUAAGGAGCACGAGUUGUUUUAAUAACCUGCAUAUUGUAGGUUUGUGUCUUCUAUGAUGAUGCUAAUGCCUUAAUGUUUCAAAUUUGAAGACUUUUGGAUAUUCCAAUUUAGGAGGUAAAACUUAAGUACUUAAAUAAUGUGUUACAUAAAUCCACAUGGCUUUCGUAAUUCUGUUACACGGAGAUUUUGACAUACAUAUAAAUAUAAAUCGAUUUGUCGAUUGCAUUAAUAGUACUAUUUGCCUUUUAAAUUUAGUGGUAGGUAAAUGAAAGUAUGUAAAAAUACUUGUGAAUAGCUAUUUUCAAAAAUAUUAUUAUAAUUGAACAGUAUAUAUUAAUGCAAAUUUUAAAGCACUUGUACAAUAUUUCAUGCGGAAGUCAUUCUCCAUCCAAUCAGCAAGCGCUACUUACCCUGGUGUGAUAUUAAAAGCACAAACUAUGAUAGGGUAAUAAAGAGUAUUUUAAACAUGUAAAUAAGUAGCGACUAAAUUUAUGAAUCUUUAUGAAAAUUAAUAAUCUAUUUGUACUUACAGUAAUGUAGAUACGUGCAUCUACGUUAUUUGUUUGCUAAAUGAAAAAGUUGAAUAUUUAAAUAAUUUAUGCUUUACUAUAUUUUCCUAUACUGUAAAAUAAUAUUAUAAAUAUACCCUAAUUCAGAAAUAAAGUUUAAAUUAUCUAUUAAAUUAAAUUGUUAAAUAUUUCAAUACGUCAGCUUGUAUACAAAUUUAAACUUCGUUGUACCUAUACAUAUGGAGUCAAUUCUAUAGUAAUCGAAGUUUUUGGUAUAGAUAUACAUAUAUAUGUAUAUAUAUAUAUUAGAUAGUGCAUUAUUAUAUCUAUAUAAAGUUAUUGACCAUUUUAAAGAAUAUUGGCAUGGAAAGCGUGCGUAUGAGACUGUUGAUACGUUCUGUACAACGAAAGUUGUAGUAGAAAAGCAUUCGUUGAAUGGUUCAAAUGUUAUAUAAAGUUUGUAAGACAAUUUUCACACUUUCAUUAUAUUAUGUAAAAAAUAUAAGUUACUUAUUAUCUGUAAGAAUUUUAAUUACUUGUAUCGAUUUUAUCUACGUUUCACAAAUAAAAUAUU